AUGUCUAGAAGACUGUGGUGCAAGGCCAUUUUUGCUGGCUAUAAGAGAGGUCUCUGGAACCAAAGGGAACACAUGGUGCUUCUUAAAACUGAAGGUGUUUGUGCUCGAGAUGAAACUGAAUUCUAUUUGGGCAAGAGGUGUGCUUAUAUGUACAAAGCAAAGAACAGCACAGUGACUCCUGGUGGCAAACCUAACAAAACCAGAGUCAUCUGGGGAAAGGUAACUUGUGCUCACAGAAACAGUGGCAUGGUUUGUGUCAAAUUCCAAAGCAACCUUCCUGUGAAGGGCAUUCGACACAGAAUCCGUGUGAUGCUGCACCCAUCAAGGAUUUAA